GGUAAUAAUUUAAAAAUAAAAUAAAAUUGCAAAUAGGAAGCAUAAAUCCAUCAAAGUUAUCAAAUUUGCUCUAUAAAAAUGGCUCAGAAAUCCUGUUUAACACUCUCGCCUUCGCCUUCUUCCCAAUCUACAGUCGUUCCGACCAAGUUUUCAAGAUGAUGAAACUCGUGAUCCUCGCCCUGGCCUGCCUGACUCUGGCAAGUGCUGGCAUCAUCGUGAAGCCUUCAUACGGCUAUGGUUACGGAGGAUAUGGUGGAGGAUAUGGCGGAUAUGGCGGCGGCUGGGGAGGAUUCGGAGGCUGGGGAGGUUUGGGAGGAUACGGCGGCUGGGGAGGCAUGGGAUACGGCGGCUGGGGAGGCAUGGGAGGCUGGGGAGGAUUCGGAGGCAUGGGAGGUUACGGCGGAUACGGAGGCUAUGGCUACGGCAAGAAAAUGAUGUACUAUUAGAUCUUUUCUGAAACGUUCGCCUAUGGCUACCCUGACGACCUUUUGAAAAUGGAAAUACAAUUGUGUUUUAAUCUGAGCUCACUUAACUCACUUUUAAAUUAAAAUUUGCAUUCCAAA